AUGCGUGCUCUCCUUGUGGUCCUGAUUUGGGCCUCCGUCGUCGCAGCUGGACUAAAACGGGGGAAACCUUUGAAGCACGUUGAUACGAAUCGAGUGCCAAACGAUCCACCACCACCGCCCAAGCCAGCCGAGUACAAGUACGCCUCGGUUUGCAUCAACACCACCGACACCACUCGGCUUGUGCUUGAAUGGGAGAAAAAGUGCUCGAACGAUCGUCAGGUGGCUCUUGGCAAGUACAGCAAUCAAGUCAAUCAGACAGGAUGGGGAAUUCUUGAGAUUGAGACUUUUUCUGGAUAUCCGAUGGACCAACAAGCCUAUGCUGCCGGCGUUGCUGAGGGAGCGCUCACCAAAUUGCAAAUCUAUUACCACUAUCGUAACACAAUUGAGGACUUGUGUCUUGGAUAUAGCAAUUACUGUAAGCAACUUUAUCAAUACUUGACCGCGAAUCUCGAUUGGCUGCGCACCGAAGUGAUGAAUCAACCGGAAAACGAUCCUUAUUGGCGACAUGUCAACUUGACUUUUGCCCAAAUCACUGGAAUGUAUGAUGCGUACACAAAUCGUACCUUGACUCCGGCUAUCGGAUUUGACCUUCAUCCCAUUUUGAUGAUUCAACUCUCCGGCGAGCUUUUCGAUUUGAACAAAAAGUUCAACAAAACACCCGAUCCACUCGAGUACCCAGAAGCUGGACGAUGCUCGGGACUUGUGAAAAUUGCUGAUGGCAAUAAGGAUAUGUUCUUCUCGCAUGUCGCGAUGAGUGGACUAAACACGAUGAACCGAAUCUUGAAGCUCUACAAAUUCGGCUAUGACUCAAAAGAAGUGCCUGGGUAUACGGUGUCGUUCUCUGGCUAUCCGGCUGCUCUCGCUUCAGCUGACGAUUAUUCCCUGAUGAGCUCUGGAUUGUCCUCAAUCGAAACUACAAUUGCGAUUUUCAAUCAAAGUCUUUAUGAGAACUAUAUCAGUCCAAAGGGACAAGUACAUUGUUGGGUUCGAUCGUUUAUCAGCAAUGCUUUGGCACGAACAGCGAAAGAAUGGGUGGAGAUUUUCCGACGUUACAAUUCGGGCACUUACAACAACCAGUGGACGGUGCUUGAUUGGACAAAGUUCACUCCUGGGCAACCAAUUCCAGACACCGAUGUUCUCUGGGUGCUUGAACAGACACCAGGAUUCACUUCGAUCGCUGAUGUGACGUGGUUCUUGAAAAAGUUCUCUUAUUGGCCUUCUUACAAUAUCCCUUAUCUUACCGAUAUCAAUAUCAUUUCUGGAUUCAAUAUCAAGGGUCGUCAAGCUGAUUGGUACAAAUGGGGCGGAUCUCCACGAGCUCGUAUGUUUGAGCGUGAUCAUCACAAAGUACAAGACAUCGACUCACUCACGAAAUUGAUGCGGUACAACGAUUACCAGAAAGAGGAGUUCGCUCGGUGCAAGUGCUCGCCGACACCGUACACUGCUGAGGGUGGUAUCUCUGCGCGGGGUGAUCUGAAUCCACAAAACAACACCUGGGAAGUGGACAGCAUGAGUUUCCGCAACCAUGCCGGACUCGACUAUAAGGGUUGCAACUUCGAGAUGUUCAAGCGGUUGGCUUUCCGCGCCUGGGGCGGACCCACAAAUGACAAUGUGCCCACAUUCGACUGGAAGACAACGAAAGUCGUUGCUCGACACUUUGGACAACCAGACGUUUGGAAUUUCACUUAUGUCGAUCUCGCUUGGGAAACCAAGGUUGGAGUCGAUUUCUUCACAAAAGCCGAGAAAAGCAACUCUGAUGAAAGUGAAUCGGCUGAGGAUUUU